UCUCUCACUCCGAGCACCUUUAUAUUGAAGGCUCCGCUCCUCCUCCUGCAAGAGCAUCUCUCCCGCCGCAUUGGGAGGCUCACCGGAGUCCGGAAAAAGAUGACGACUUGUCCUCUUUUCCUGUUACUUGUGUUGGCUUUACUCACAGGGAAUGGAGCGUUUCCAGUGGGGAAGGAUGGCCAAAGAGAGGAUGCGGUGACAAGAUGUUUGGUGGAGGUUCUGUCCAAAGCUCUCUCCCAACCGGACACCCAACUGGAUGAAGAGUGUAAGGAGAUCCUCCAAGCAGGACUUAAACAGCCUCCGCCGGAGAAGAGCAGCAACGAGGUCAGCUAUGAAGAGCCGGUCAAAGAUCAUGAACAAGGGGCCGAAGCCAAGGGCUUGAAUGCACAAGACAUCCAAGACCUCCUGAAGUCUGUGGAGCCCAAGCAGGAGACCUCAAAGGACGAACACAAUCAGGAAUCAUGGAGUCUGGAGAAGAGACACCAGGAAGACAACGGCGAGGGAGAGGAGGAGCAGGAACGGGAGAAGAGAAGCAGCUGGAGGCCAGGAAGAUUCCACCAGAAGCAGCAUAAACGUGACGAGGAGUCUUUGGGAGGAGAGUCCAAAGAGGAGGAGGAGGUGGACGAAGAACGCAGUCAGGAGUCCUGGGAUUUUGGCCGAAGGAGCGACGACGACCAAGAGGAGCCCGACAAGCACAUUUGGAAGCCCUCCCAUCGAUACCACCACAAAAAGAAGUUCCACAAGCGUGGAGACGAGGAAGAGGACUACGAACGCAGUCAGGAGUCAUGGGGGCUCGACGAUGAGAGGGACAAGAGGGAAUGGAGACCCGGGAGAUACCACCAGAGGAGACACAAGAGGGACGAAGAACUCUCAGAGGAACCCAGAGAGGAGCUAGAUAUGGAACGCAGUCAGGAGUCAUGGGGGCUCGACGAUGAGAGGGAUAAGAAAGACUGGAGGCCUGGGAGAUACCAUCAAAGAAGACACAAGCGUGAUGAGGAACUGUCAGAGGAACCCAGAGAGGAACCAGAUGAUGAACGUAGCCAGGAGUCGUGGGGUCUCGACGACGAGAGGGACAAGAGGAAAUGGAGAGCCAUGAGAUACCAUCAGAGGAGACACAAGAGGGACGAGGAACUCUCAGAGGACCCAGAUGAGGAACGUAGCCAGGAAUCUUGGGAUUUUGACACCGACCGAUACAAGAGAGACUGGAGACCGGGUAGAUACCACCAGAGGAGGCACAAGCGAGAUGAGGAACUCUCAGAGGAUCCUGAUGAGGAACGUAGCCAAGAAUCUUGGGAUUUUGAUACUGACAGAUACAAGAGAGACUGGAGACCGGGGAGAUACCACCAGAGGAGGCACAAGCGAGAUGAGGAACUCUCAGAGGAUCCUGAUGAGGAACGUAGCCAAGAAUCUUGGGAUUUUGAUACUGACAGAUACAAGAGAGACUGGAGACCGGGGAGAUACCACCAGAGGAGACACAAGCGAGAUGAGGAACUCUCAGAGGAUCCAGAUGAGGAACGUAGCCAGGAAUCUUGGGAUUUUGACACAGACAGAUACAAAAGGGAGUGGAGACUGGGAAGAUACCACCAGAGGAGACACAAGCGGGACGAGGAACUCCCAGAGGAAGCCAGAGAGGAACAAGAUGAGGAACGCAGCCAGGAAUCAUGGGACUUUGACACCGGGAGGGAAAAGAAGACCUGGAGGCCUGGGAGAUAUCACCAGCAGAAGCCCAAGUUUGACGAAGAACUCUCCGAGGAGAAGAGGGACGAAUCGGAUGGAGACCGCAGUCAGGAGUACUGGAGCUUCGACAAGAGACACAACGAAGAUGACGACAUAGACUUUGGAAAGCGCAUUUGGAAACCGUCACAUCGGUACCACCACCAGAAAUAUCACAAGCCUGGAGGGGAGGAGUUGUCUGAAGAUGAAGACCUGAGGGAUAACUCUGACAAUUUGGAGGGCAGAGGUGAAGCUCUGAGGUAUCUGGCUGACAAGCGAAACCCUUGGAUCUACAGAGGCUACUACCAUCCCGCCUGGUUCAAAAGGGAUCCAGAGGACCGUGCUGCCCUAAAUAAGAUGGAUGAGGCGGCCAUGCUGCUGAGUCAAAAGAUCAACCAGUUCGCCCACCAGAAGGCAUCAAAGGGAGCCACGCACCCAAGGGCGCUCACUCCGCGCGAGGAGAACGCACGGGAAAACCUGGCGGCAAUGGAUGUGGAGAUGAAGAACAUCGCUGCCAAGUUGCAUGAUAAAGAAUGAGCUUCGCUUUCGACGUUUCAAUGGAAAACACACACACACACACAGUUUGUCACGUCUGCCAAGUUAAUGUGCGUAAAAAAACAACUUUAAAAUCCCAACUGUGGAGCCUUGCUUAAAAAACAUUGAAUGAAAAUGUUAUUAUUGUAUUUGUGCUAUUUUGAUGUGACAUCCUGAACGUGAGCAUGGGAAUGUUUUUUGAUGUUUAUACAUAGAAAUCCUCCAAUAUUGACUGAUGUCAUCGUCUUUACAAGUGUUUGUGCUCAAUAAAAGUUAUUCUGGGACCAAA